AUGCCGGACGCGUCGGACGCGUCGGCGGACGCGUCCGCCGCGUAUCCGCGUCCGUGCGCGCGGCCCGGGCUUCCCGGGGACGACGCGCGCGAGAUCGAGUCUCGACGCGCGGUCAGAGCGAAGGCUCGAGGGGAAUCGCUCGCGGCGUCGGACGUGCCGGUCCUCCGCCGCGACGACGCCGACGCCGACGCCGACGGCGAUGGCGGCGGCGCGUUCGUCGUCGUGCGCAAGCCCGCGGGAGUGUACGUCGACGACGUCCUCGCCGCGCUCGAGCGCGACGCGAGCGCGAGCGCGAGCGCGUCGCCGUCGCCGUCGCCGCGUCGUCUCCACCUCGCGCACAGGCUCGACAGGGACACGAGCGGAUGUCUCGUCGUCGCGACGUCGACGCGCGCGUGCGCGGCGCUCACGCGCGCGUUCGCGGACGGGAAAGUCCGGAAGGAGUACCUCGCGCACUGCAGCAGCGCCGCGGCGUCGUCGUCGUCCGAGCCGCGCGAGCCGGAUCCGAGCCCGUCGCCGUCGCUCGACGGCGCGCGCCCGCUGACGCUGCGGACGGGGCACGGCCGCUCGAGAAACGGGCUGUGGCGCGUCUACCCGCUCUCCGACGUCGGACGCGCGCUCCCGCGCGACCCGGGUCGCAAGACGACGCUCGUGAAGAUCGCGGAGACGUCGCUCGUCGUCGUCGCGACGGCGGCGGCGCGCGGCGGCGGCGGUGGCGGCGAGAGGUCGAGGUGCGCGUACGUGCGCGCGACGCCGACGACGGGGCGGACGCAUCAGAUUCGGUUGCACUGCGCGCACGCGGGCGCCGCGAUCGUGGGGGACGUCAAGUACGGCGGUCCGCGCGUCGUCGAAGAAGAAGAAGAAGAAGAAGAGAAAGAGAAAGAAACGCAAGAAGAUGAUGCGUUGAUAGAUACUCGUUUCGACGGGUUUCGAUUGCACGCGGCGAAGAUCGCGUUCCCGCAUCCGACGAGGGAGGGACAGACGGUGGAGGUGGAGUGUCCGCCGCCGGGUUGGUGGCGGGAGGCUGGAGAGAGCGUGAGAAUACAGUAG